AUGUGGGAGGGAACCGGUGGAGGCGCGGAGGAGUUCGAGAGCAAGAACCCGCACGCGGAGGAGGCAGAGAAUUCGAUCCAGGAGACGGUGUUGGCGCGAGCCCACGUACAGCAAUGGCAGCACCUCCCGGGACGAACGCAGGACAAGCGGCUGCACUUCCCGGUCUUCAAGCACUACAAGACUGAGGUCCACGUCGGCGAGUACUUCACGGUACGAGGAGAACGGACAGUGGUCAUGGCGCCGGAGAAGAAGAAGCAGAGAGUGAGCUUCCAGGAGGUCAGUCCACAGGAGGAAGAGUACCUCAUGCAGUACUAUCAGGCGGAAAAGAUGAAGCGCAUCUUCUACCGCGACUUCCCAGACGGAUGGAAGAUCGAGAGCAGGAUGCACACCGUCUACGUCAAGGAGCUGAGGCAGGUGCACUAUGAACAGAUGAGGAAGAGCUUACCACCGCUGUUCACCAUGCACUACAAGUACGAUGCAUCAGUCAUGGCAGAUCUACGAGAAGCCGAGAUCUUCCGUGUUGACGUGGAAGCCGAUGCUAUUGAGGAGGAUGAGAUGAUUGAGAUAUGGCCACAGGUGGAAGAAGCUGACAGAGCAGAGAUUCAGCAAUUCACGGACGAGAAGGCUUUCAAGAAGAUAUGCCUGGACUACAUGACAUCAGAGAUGAUCCUGAUCGAUGCACGGUGGGUCAGGAAAUGGAAGAGACUCCCGGACAAGAAACGCAAGGUCAAGUCACAGCUUUGCGCAAGAGGAUACACUCUGGAGAGCUGGGACAUUGCCGGAGCUUUCCUGAAGGGUUUCAGCUUCGACAAGGUGAAGGAGUUGCUCAAGAAGAAAGGAAUCAAUACCCCGGACCGGAAGGUGAUAAUCAUUCCACCUGCCAAUGUGUGGAGGCACUUGAUGGAGAUUGACCCAGAAAACUUCUGGAUCCCGGAAUCCAAGGUUGAGGGUUACGGUUUGCUGUGCGAGAAGCCGGUGUACGGGUUGAACGAUGCACCGCUGGCAUGGCAACUUUGCCUUCAUGAGUUUGCCAAGGAGCAGAACGGCAUCGCGAGCAGUCUGGAUGAGAACAUGAUCAUCUGGAAGGGUGACAAGCAUAUCAAGAGAUUGGAGAACGGGCAGACACUGACACCUAUGGCCACCACGCAUGUGGAUGACAUCGCACUAUCUGCCGACGAGUCAUGGCUGAACAACCUGUAUGUUCUGUUCGUGAAGCGUUUCAAGAAGGUGACCAGGAACCGCCUACCAUUCGAACACUGCGGAUGUGAAUACGGAGCCACGGUGGACGGUUUUUCCAUUACUCAACGAGAAUUCUGCAAGAAGAUACCUCUAGCACCAGUACCAGCGAGAGCACCCGAAAGCAAGCUGCUACCGAAGGAGAUCACGGACCUAAAAUCAGCACUCGGAGCUCUACAAUGGCUGACAGCGACCAGACUGGACAUCAUUUCAGAUGUAUCAGCUCUACAGUCAGUGGCGAAGACAGGAGAGGUGAAACACGUGCAGCAGGUCAACAAGGUCAUCAAGCAGGCGCAGAGUGUCAACAACCAGAACCUGGGUUUGCACCACAGGAGAUUCCACAGCAAGCAUCAACGUAUAGUGGCAAUACACGAUGCCUCAUCGGCAACGAAGGGACGGGACGAUGCUAUGCAAGAAGGAAUCCUGGUUUUGCUCAUGGACGACAUCUGGCACGGCCGAGAGAUACCACCACAUCAGAUCUGCAAGGAGGAAGAGACAGUUCGUCAUGGUGGAGUCGGACACGUACUAUAUGCUCAUGGUUGCAAGGCUAAACGCAUUUCGUAUAGCACGAGCCACUCAGAAACGCUCAGUGCAGCGAGCGCUAUGGAAAUAGCGACCUUGGUGCGACUUCGGAUGAGUGAAGUGGACUAUCCGAAGGUGAUGCCGAGUAUCAAGCAGCUCAUUGGAAUACAGGAAGCAGGCGACAUGAACAUGCCACUGGACAUGUACACAGACUGCAAGGACUACUUCUCAUUGGUUACAGGGACAUCAUUGCCCCAAGAUCGAACGCAGCGGUUGUAUGUGCUCGCAGUUCGGGAAUCGAGGAUCGCUGGAAGAAUCAGGCUCACGUGCCUGGUGCCCACGGAGUAUAUGACGGCAGACGCGCUGACAAAGCCAAUGGUCAGCCCAGUGAUGAUGAAGAUGCUAUCCACCGGACUGGUGGAGUUCCACAACGCCGAUCACAACAUGGAGGUGAAGUACCUUCCAGCCAUCAAGGAAUACACCGAGGAAGACAUCAUUGCAGGCGACCAGUCGAUCAUCGACAAGAUCGCUUUCGGAGGGCUUGUCUUGCUUCAGGGAGGCAAGCUAGCACUAUGCUUCGCAGCUAUGGCCACCAUGCCAAUGGUGAGUGCAGGAAAGAUAGGUGAAGACGUCCACGUCACCGUCAGUGCGGAUGAGGAUGACUUCUACACCAACUACUUCAUCUAUGGCAUCAUUGCCAUCUCAAUGGCUGCGGCGCUGUUGGUGGAGAGGACCAUUUUCCAACUGAUGCGCUGGCAUUCCGAUCACAGGGACGCCGUCAACCAGUCAAAGCUAAGCUCGUUGCAAGGCGAGCUCGCAAAUGCCAUCAAGAAGAUCAAGGAGGAGAAGAACGCUCGAGAAGAAGCAGAACAUGCAUGUACUCUACUGAGGAGGACCCUUGAACGAGUCCAAGGAGAGCGCACGAGAGGUCAGGAGCACCUCAGAGGCCAGAAGCGCCUCAACACGUCCAGGUGA